UAAAUCCCACAUCGCCGGGUGUGACUGACGCAGCAUCUUUGAUCAAGACUAGUCCCGAAGUGAUUUCCGGAACAAAUCAUCUGCGCGAUUCGCGAGGAUAUGAACUUUCAUACGGGUCUGCCGUUACGGAAUUGCCUUUCUCUUCUUUUUUCCUACCACUACCAUGAAUUCGGUGGCAGUCAUAGUCCCCUCUCUGGGGAUGACGAUUGGCGCUGCGUACAUUGGCGCAAUGCUCUCAUCUUUGCUAUUUGGUAUCACAGUCCUGCAGGUCUUUAUCUACUAUCGAGAGUAUCCGGAUGAUUGGAGACUUUAUCGUUAUUCUGUUGGUAUACUCUGGGUUCUCGACGCACUGCACCUCAGUCUUACUAUCCAUGCUAUAUAUCACUACACCGUGGAUUCGUUCGGCGAUUAUGUUACAUUGGGGAACGUCGUAUGGAGCUUCAAACUUCAGAUUCUCGUCAACGUCGUUAUUAUCGUAUUCGUUCAGAGUCUUUACGCAGUCCGCCUAUGGAAAUUCGGGCGCCAUUUCCAUCGGUUCCUUCCUUGGAUUGUCAUAUUCGUGGUCGCAUGCGGAUUUGCGGUGGGAAUAUUGCUCGUCUACAAAACCAGAUAUACCAUCACAACGUUCACGGGUUUGGCCUCAAUGAUGGGCCAUCGACGCCGCCUUCGCCGCAUCCACCGGGAUCGACUUCUUCAUAUCGUUCGCAAUGUGUUAUUACCUUCACAAGAGUCGUUCAAUUUCAGAGUUUUCGAGUACGAACUCACGGCUGCUCGUAUUGAUGUGUACAUCACCCUCCCCAAUACCCUCGUCUUUCUCGGAGUCGAAUUUCUCUUAACAAAACUCUACGUCAACUCCCUGCUCUCUAUGUUGAAUGCUCGAAAACGAAUCCAAGGGAAAAACACCGGAAGUGGUGCGAUUUCGUCGGAACCCACAUCGUUCUCCAAUGUAAUACGCCUUACGCCGACUACCGGGUGCGUUAGCGCGGGAGAUAUAAAGUACGACGGGUUCAGCAUACCUCUCUCUGAGAUCCGUGGUAGCGGUCCUUCGCAAAAUCAGGAAGACUCGUCUCAAAUCGUCGGGGAUAAGCGGUCGAGAGUCGAGUUCACCAUAGUGUAGGUAUGAUGGAUGGUGUAUUAUAAACAGGUAGAGUUCCGAGGAGAAUUUUUUAUCCUGUAUAACUUACCGUUUAUCUAUAGUGGAUCCAAAGCUAGGCAGAGUACAAUAAGGAUAACUUGAUGAUUUGUCGGGCACCUGGAGGGACUUGCCUUUCAAAAUUUGUGCGAGACAUAAAAUUGUGAGCGCUGUGCACCGCCAGACAGUCAUAAG